AUGGAAGCCAAGCCAUUCACUGCCCGGUUCCCGGCAAUGGUGACCUUCAAAGAUGUACUUGUGAACUUCACCAGGGAGGAGUGGAAGCUCCUGGGCGCUACGCAGCAGGUCAUGUACAGAGAUGUGAUGUUGGAGAACUACCGUAAUCUGGUUUCUUUGGGACAUCAACUUCCCAAGCCAGAUGUGAUCUUCCAGUUGGAAAAAGGAGAAGAACCGUGGCUGUUGGAGAGAUGGAUUCACCAAGAUGCCCAUCCAGGUUCGGAUACUCCAGUUGAAAUAAAAUCAUUUUCCAAUAAGAGCAUUUCUAAAGAUAAACAAUCCCAUGAAAUUAAAAAGGAAGGAAUGGCCAAGAGUGAUCUGUUGUAUCUGUCAUUAGAAGAAGUCUGGAAAUGUGAAGAUCAGUUGGACAAGUAUCAGAAAAACCAGGAGAAACAUUUGAGGCAAGUGGCAUUUGUACAAAAGAAAGUAUUUUCUCCAGAAAGAGUCCUUGAAUGUGGUAAAUUCAGGGAAAAUGGUCUUCUUCCUGGUCAGCUAGUACUGAGAGAGUAUUUCCAUAAACAAGACUCAAGUACUAAAAGUUCAAAAGGUGAUUUAGUUAUUAGUGGUCAUCAAGAAAGCUCUGCAAGUAAUAGUAGUGAAUGUGGCCAAACCUUCUGUCGGAACAUUCACUGUAUACAAUUUACAAAAACUCAAACAGGAGAUAAAUUUUACAAAUGCCCCAAGAAUGUUAACUCUCAAAGUCAUAGCACAUCCCAUGGUAUAUCCAAGAGCAUACAUAGAGAAAAACCUUAUGAAUGUAAGGAAUGUGGAAAAUUCUUUAGCUGGCGUUCUAAUCUUACUAGGCACCGGCUUAUUCAUACUGGAGAAAAACCCUAUGAAUGUAAAGAAUGUGGAAAAUUUUUCAGCCGUAGUUCUCAUCUCAUUGGACAUCAAAAGACUCACACUGGUGAGGAACCCUAUGAAUGUAAAGAAUGUGGAAAAUCCUUUAGCUGGUUCUCUCACCUUGUUACCCAUCAAAGAACUCAUACGGGAGACAAACUCUACACAUGUAAUCAGUGUGGGAAAUCUUUUGUUCAUAGCUCCAGGCUUAUUAGGCACCAUAGAACUCAUACUGGAGAAAAACCUUAUCAGUGUUCUGAAUGUGGGAAAUCUUUCAGACAGAGCACACAUCUCAUUUUGCAUCAGAGAACGCAUGUUCGAGUGAGGCCCUAUGAAUGCAAUGAAUGUGGGAAAUCUUAUAGCCAGAGAUCUCACCUCGUUGUGCACCAUAGAACUCACACUGGACUGAAACCCUUUGAGUGUAAAGAUUGUGGAAAAUGCUUUAGUCGAAGUUCUCACCUUUUCUCACACCAGAGAACCCACACUGGAGAGAAACCAUACAAGUGUCAUGAUUGUGGAAAAUCCUUCAGCCAGAGUUCUGCCCUCAUUGUGCAUCAGAGAAUUCAUACUGGAGAGAAACCAUAUGAAUGCUGUCAGUGUAAGAAAGCCUUCAUUCGGAAGAAUGACCUUAUUAAGCAUCAGAGGAUCCAUAUUGGAGAAGAGACUUAUAAAUGUAACGGGUGUGGAAUUACUUUUGUCAAGAACUCUCCAUCUAUAGUACAUCAAAUAGCUCACACUGGAGAGCAGUUCCUAAUCUGUAAUCAGUGUGAGACAUCACUUGGUAAUAGCCCUACUUUUAUUAAAUACCAGACAAGUGGUAUUAGAGAAAGUACACAUUAA